AUUUCUAGUGCACCAGUAAGACGGUAUUUGAAACAGGAAUAGCCUCGGUUGAUCAUUCAUGAAACUAGCUGUUAUUUUAUAUGUCGAAAAACUUAUAUUUGCACUGAAAGUUCUCAUAGUUUACUGCCUAAAACGUUUAUAAGAGCAUCUCUUCUGUAAAGAUCCCUUAUGGAUAAAGUGCCUAGUGUUUUCUCCAUUGUGUGAUCCUACACUUGUUGUAGAAAGUGACCGUAAUCAAAGAAAGAAGCAUUCCGUCGAUAGCUGACUCUGGUGUUAUAAACUAAUCAGAUUUGAACCAAAAAUAAUUUAGCCGACAGCAAGUACCUAAAAAUAUGCAAUUGGCGCGAACCGCUGAAAAACAACUUAGAGCCGAUGCCAAGGGCAAGAAAACAAAAAAACAUACCUGCGCCAAGUACGGGAAAAUACAAACAAAAAAAAUACACACAAAAAGACUGCGCCUAGCGCGGGAAAACACAAAAAAAUACCUACGCCAAGAACGGGAAAACACAAGAAACCGACGCUAAGCGUGAAAAAAAAAAAACCCGUUAAGCCCAUAUCACAACUGACUUGAAUUGCAAGUGAAUAAAUGAAAGAUCAUUAUCAUGGCUUAGAUUUCAUUCGCGACGUGAUUGGCCCUUUCUCUUAUUGGUCAUAGAACACAUCGAACUAUGAUCACCGUAGCUAAAUAUCUGUCAUCCAAAAUUGGCCGCUGCCAUGAAAUAGGCCACCAAAUAGAUCUUACCCUGCGAACAGAGUCUCCGUUGAUCUUUCUAAGAAAAUCGGUAAGAGGAUUCCCUUCUUAGGGAGAGCGAAAAAGGCUCUCUGUUCGCAGGGACUCUCCUCCAAGACGGGACCGCUGAUUGCACGCACAGAGGAUUGGGAACGAGGCAGAUACAACAAACAAAGAUGGCGGACGAUUGUGCAGUUCUCCUCUGUUCGUCGUUCUGUUCAAAACUUCAGGAACGACAGAGCUUCACCUGAAGUGACUCGAUCAUUCAUUGGAAAGGAAAAUGACAGCUCUUCCAAGCCGGCAUAGCCGAGAAUAUGGACGCCCUUUAGCAGGGUCGAAAACAGAAGCUCGUGGACGAUUCGCCGGUGCCCACAUCAGUCAGGAAGUGAGAGAUUUAUGCAGAGUUAUUUUACAGAUGGGUCGUGAGCAACCAGAUGGAACUGUCUGCGUCACUUUUGGUCGCUUGUUUGAAAGAUACACCAGAAUAUCGAAUAAAGUGGUAGGAAUGUUACUGCGGGCUCGGAAACAGAACUUGGUUCACUUUGAAGGCGAAAUGUUGUUCCAGAAAAGAGAUGAUGACGUCAUCAUUACCUUACUGCACAUGCCUGAAGAGGUGGAAAAUGACUCUGAUGAAUAUUGGAAUAUCCGUGCUAAAUAAAGAAAUUGUUUACCAGAUUUAUAAUAUAAUGGACAUAAUAUUUUUGGAUUUUGUUAUCCUGACCUGGUACAAAUCAGUGGCCAACUUAAAAGAUGGUCUCUUUAAAAAAAAUUAAAUAUUUCAGUUUAACUGCAUGAAGUGUCAAGCUAUUUACCAGUUAAUAUAAUAAUAUUUAUAAUUUCAGUGUAAAUAUGUUUUUAUAUACCAUAGUUAUGCUAACCUGAUGCAAAGCACUGCUCAGUUAGUGUGGUCAAUGGCCAUAAGAAAAAUAUUUUCACAACAAAAUGUUUUGUCAAGUAAUAAGUAACAGCAAUCAAAAGCCUGUACAUUUUAACAUUUUUAGAUAAACUACAAACUUGAGAAUAAUAUCUUAAAUAAAAAUGCCUCAUUAGUAACAUACUAAAUAGAGGAGUCUUCUAGAUCUUGAGAAAUCUUCUAGCUGGGGACGGGGGAUGGACUUGAUGUCCUUGCAUUAAAAACAUAAUGUGGACUGCAGGUUCAACUGAAUUGGAACAGACUUAUCGAACUUUAAAAACUGUCCUGUCGUUUGAAAACAUGUUUGUUGCAUUUGCACUCACCCACUCACCGGUGCACACUAAAACGAGCUGAAACACUGUCGAGAGUAAAGACAUUUGAAGAAGGGCCCCUAUCGUAUUAAUUUUGUCAACAACAAUAGAGGCUUUCAAAACGAUCACAUGUUCGUUUUCAAAAGACGGUGAUGACGUCCUUCUAUGGCGUAUCAUCUUUUUCGAGUGUUUUAGUGUAGACGGAGAAAACUAUGAAAACGUACGGUGGUGUGGAUGCGAAGUUUGUGAUGUGUUUUCGGUGCAAAAAGCGCAUCGUUUUGAUUCACAUUAUUGUGAACGUGACCUAGCAGAAACCCUGAAGUAAAGCAAUGUAGAGAAAUGUAUUUUAACGCCUGGCAAUCAGCAGUCAGUGAAUUUUCCAGAAGUUUAAUAACAACGUAUAAUUUAGGGAAAAUUGAAAAACAAAAACAAAAAAAAUGAAAAAUAUGGAUAGUACUUUUGCAGUAGCUUUCUUCUCAAUGGCACCUGUUGUUAGACUAAAUGUCUGCUGGUCUUGUUCUGUUCUCUCUUUGUUUGCGAUUGACAACAUUUGAUGGUACAGGUGCCAUUUUACUUUAAACAAAGGACCGGAGAAAUCCUUUGAGCUCCGCGGCCUGCCAAACCUGUCUUUUCAGUUGCUAAACACAGCCUUUGUUACUGAUCAAGCUGGGACUACCGUCGCUGCACACUAACUACUGACUUCUUAAGGCUACUUCCCUGGAAGAGAGAUUUGUGAAUAUUUCUAGCGGGAUCCGAGAGCUCGCGUGAAGGAAGCCGGGUUUGGUGCGUCAUUUUCAGCCGAAACACGUCCACGGAGGGCAUAACAGUUAAGGAAAUCGAGCUUGGGCACGUGGCACAGAAAAUAGAAAUCAGAGAAAUUGAAAUGAAAGGAUUAUAAAACUUGGUUUGAGCACCAAAACAAUCAAAGCAUGUUUCUUGAUCGCUAUUAUCGCCGUCGACGAUGGAUUGUGGGCUGUGCAAUGGUGUCUAUUGCAGUCAUAACCAUGUUACUAGCCCCUCCCCCCAGCGUGGUCCACCUGUUUUUGAGUGGCAAUGUUUAUGAGACGAGAAGAAGCAACGAAGAAACUAUCGGAUUCAAGAAUACGACUGGCCUAUCAGGAUACGAAGGAAGCUCAUUUCCGUUGUUUAAGCCUUCUGAGACGCCUAGAUCUCCGCUACCAACAGCAAGCAUAUUUACGUAUGUCGAGGAACCUCCCUCUGGGAACGAAAUGAAGAGGCUCAUGAAGACCCUUUCAACUCAGGGUGCCGUGUGCGCUGACGUACGCAGCAUAGGGGGCUUACCGCAGGGACCUCGUGGAGCCCCUCGCCCGAUGGGUCCUGAUGGCAUGUGGUACGUUUGCUUUGACGAGGAAGUUGAGUUAAAUCCAGGAUGGUGUGUCGUAUACUCAUUUGGAACAGGAUACGAUUUUUCCUUCGACGAAAAGAUGGCCGAAUAUGGUUGCACAGUGUCAGCGUUUGAUCCUUCCAUGGGAAAGGAAGAUCAUAAUCACAGCACUGGCGUGACGUUCUACAACCUUGGACUGUCAGAUGUUAAUCAAGAAGGAGCCAAAAAUCCUCUCUCUGCAGACGUGCUUGACAAGAGCACGUGGAAAACAAGAACACUGGCGGCAAUCAUACAGGAACUAGGACACGCUCAGAGAGAAAUCGACAUUUUGAAAAUAGACAUCGAAUCUGAUGAAUGGAAGUGCUUACGUCACAUGCUGGCUGAAGGAACUUUACGAAAGUACGUAAGGCAACUCGAUGUAGAGUAUCACGUGAUCAUACACACUCCAGAAUCUCUGCGACGGUACUACAGUAUAGCAAAAUGGCUUGAGAGACAAGGAUUUAGAAUAUUUCACUCCAGAAGAAAUCCCUAUUGUCAAGAGUGCUGGGAAAUGUCAUACAUCAAUUCUAACCUCGUAAACUUGACAUUAAAUUAAAAUAAAAUUGAGAAUUUUUGCAAGAACUUGGGGACUAGUCUAUCGGAUCUAAGGGGGCUUGUUAUCAGACGAGGUGGGGCGCGAAAGUGUAAAGAAGGGCUGUAGAAACAACUGCCAUUUUCGAUAGAUGUGACCGGAAGUGCUAAAACGAAUUUCGCACGGAAUUGUACUGGAGCAAAAGGAGCCCAAUUUUAGUUUUUGUAAACUCAUUUCAAAUAGAGAGAAAAAAUCUCUAAUAGUUUGUUGCAAGCAUCCAGAGCUCUCUACAGUUAAUUACACAUGCUCUUGUAAAAGACGUCAAAAGGCUAAGGUUAUCACUAGCAUCACCUCGUGUGUUUAUGUAGCUGUACGCGAUCUAAACCAAGUUUUCAAUAAAGCAAACGGUUUCAGCGUUGCGUUUUGAAAGUGAUAUAGCAGGGGCACCCAACGACCGUUUUCUCUCGUAUGCUUUUAAACGCUGUUUUAGGCUACGUAGAGUACU